AUGAGCCGAGCACGUUUCGAUAUUCAACCCGUCGACCGCUUCGGCGGUUCGGGUACAACCAUCCGACGACCCCGAGAAAUUGCAUGCUUCUCCUAUGAUCAAAAUCGCCAAUUCUCGCUGGGGGAUUCAUCAAUCUCGUACUAUUACCCGCCGGAUCUGCCAGCGGACUUGAACAUCGGCUUCAAUACGUUUCAGAAACUGAAUGAUUCUGCCGACGAGCAUCUUGAUGCGCUCCUAGACACUAUUACUGCACUUGAGAAAGAGACAGAAAAGAAAUGCGAGGCUGAUAUCAUCACCUGGCGAGGGAUGAUGACCAAGAUUCUAACUGCUCCAUUUGAUAUGAUGAACGGCUUCGAAAUGAACGCGACAUGCUUCCAGGGUACAAUAUUCAUUGAGGAGAACAACGAAUACAAGAAUCGACAGAAAGAGGUCCAGCGUAACCAAAGAAUGCCGCCUGGCAUGGCAUCGCAGGAGCAGAUGAUGUAUUGGGGUUAUAAAUUUGAGGUGUUGUCCGUCCUACGGCAACCAUGGGACUCAACAACGCGUGCGGAAAUUGAAAACCGCCAAAAUGAAGUUGUCAACAAUAGUGCACAAUACUGUUCCGUGGUCAAGACUGGCAUUGGACAUACACGCAUGGUCCUUGGGGGUGAGGUUGAUGCUGUGUGGGACUGCAAACCAGACCGAAAGGAAGACACAAUCCACUGGGUCGAGUUGAAGACAUCGGCUGAGAUCCGCAACGAUCGCGAUAUGCUGAAGUAUGAAAGGAAGUUGCUCAAGUUCUGGGCGCAAUCCUUCUUGCUCGGUGUACCAACCAUCAUCGUUGGCUUCCGUGAUCAGGAGGGUAUUGUCCAUCGCUUGGAAGAACUGGACACUGCCAGUAUCCCUGGGAAGGUCAAGAAGGUCGGAAGAGGCUCAUGGGACGGAAACAUCUGCAUCAAUUUUACUGCUGCUUUCUUUGAUUGGCUGAAGCAAACCAUCCAGGAAGAUGGGAUAUGGAGGAUACGGAAACAAGAGAAGUCACCGGUCAUCGAGGUGUUCAAGGUUGAAGAUUCAGGCCAUGGUGAUAUACUUUCUUCUGCCUUUACAUCCUGGCGGUCGUCAAUGGCCUGA